AUGUCACAGACAUCCGCACCGACUUCGGCCCCGCAUCCGGAGCAUCAUCUGUCCCCGCCCGCUCUCGAGAGCUUGUGGGAAGCGCGCGACAACCCAGUCGCGGUCGAUCAUAUGCAGCCGCAUUUUGGCAACGGGAAUGGAGGCACCUCGCCCUCGGGUGGACGGGAGGGUGGUCCGCCCUCGCGGCCGCCCCCGCGGUUGCACCUACGGAAUGCAAAGGCAUCUUCGUAAUCGUAAACUCUAUUGCAGCAAGCGUGCAUAUUGUUGUUGGCAAACAAAGUUGAGCUUCUACCUUGCUUAGCACAACAAUUUGCUUUUUUGUUCUUGAAAAAGUUGUGAUCAGGCAAUUCAUACAUAUAGAUAUGCGUAGCAUGAUGCUUUUGCAAUGCAUAGCACCCCCGCGACAGCAAAAAGGUGAGCAGCGGGAGCCCGCGCGAGAACAUCAAUGAGGGGUCCGCCGAUUUCGAGCCGCAGCACCCGGACAGCGGGCCUUCCGACGACCACCUGCUGCUUUCGGAAGGGGGGCACCAUCAACCGGGCGGCAGCAACAAUUCUGCCUCCGAGGUGGGCAGCGACCCGAACAACCCCACUGCGAAGCCGAACGUUAUGGCGUUCUCAAGCGUUACAUUCUCAACUGUUACAUGAUUUGUAAUGCAAAAUGACCAUGAGCCGCAAGGACGAUCAAGCUGCUUCGCAUGACAAAUUAUCGAAGUGCUAAACAGCAGCUAAAUCCGUGCCAAAUUUGUGAUACAAGACUUACAAGCUUUCCCCUUUCCCUAUCGCUGUUUUUGCAUGACAAAUUUAUGUAACAGUUGAGAAUGUAACAAACAGUUGAGAACGCCAUAAACGUGAUUCCCUUGGACAGCGAUCCGGAGGCGCUGGGCAUCUUCAUCAAGCACCUGCCGGCGCGCUACUCGCCGAUCGCCGCGAUGAACAUUCUGUUUGCCAACGAUCGUUUGCUGCAGGAUCCGGCGUUCAUGCAGGCGGUGAAAGAUGCCAUGCCCAUGAAUGAGGAGGACUACAACGCCGAUUGCGCGAAGUGGCGCCAGGCCCUGUACACCGACGCCUACUCGGAGAGCUACCAGCCCCCGCCCAACCAGCAGAACACCUGGGCCCCGGAGGUCCGCGACACCCGCGAGUGGUUGGAUCCCAACAGUGCCUGCUACGUGCCGGAGCUGAUCGUGGGUGCCUGGACCCAGCUGGUCCCGCUGAACCCCGUGCCGCUGCGGAGCCUGGGCGUGGACCUGCACCCGAUCGUGCGUCGCAUCCUCCACCUGUUCACGCUGAACCGCAUCUCCAGCUCCGCCGCUCUGCGCAACGUGGGGUUCGCCUUCGCGUGCGUCCGCAGCCGGAAGGUGUUGGACCGGUGGGCCGAGUUGAUGAAGGACGCGCGGUACGGUCCCUGGAGCGACUAGGGAAGCGUCAGGAUCGAAAUGGACAAAAUCGAAAUAAUUUGUAAUGCAUAAAAUGUAGGGGUAGGGCACGUGUGGCCUGUGUUGGGGAGCAGGCAAAUGAGACCGCUUGCAAGCCUGUUUAGGGGAAGGCAAUGUGCUGCCCGGGUAGCAUGACAGGAGCAGUCUCCUUUUCCCAAACAGCAUGACACAGUGUAUUUUGGUGCUCCCGAAACUUGUCAUGCGCCACUUGGAAACUGAGGCUCCAACUGGUAUCGAUUUUAUGCAUCACAAAUUAUUUCGAUUUUGUUGAUUUCGAUUCUGACACUUCCAUAGCGACAAGCGCUUGAUCGUGGGCCUGUCGAAAUACAGGAAUUUCGAGGUGACCAAGGAGCACUUUUGGUCCAACGGGUCCUGGUCCAACGUGAACACCUUUUGGUUCGACGCCGCGCCGCUGCGACUUUCGGAGUUUGUCAAGUCGAAUAAGGAGAUGUGGAAUCCCAACAAGCAGGGGUCGUCCGGAGGCAACCGCGGGGGACACGGACACCACAACAACCGGGGCAAUCAUGGUCGCGAUCAUGGUCCUUCCUACAGCAACUCGGUCGGCGGCCGCCGCGGUUUCCUGGACCACAAUCGUGCCUACCGCGACAACGGGGGUUCGUUUGGUCGCCCGGGAGGAGCGGGUCCCCCGCCGAUGGGUAGAAACAACGAUGGUUCUAGCAAAGGUGGCAGCAAGGGCGGCGGCCGGGGGUACUACUACGACGACUUGGACCUCCCCAGCCGCGUAUGCAUUGCAAAAGUACUAUCGUACUCGUAUAAAUGCAUUACAAGGUUUCUCAGCAUGAGAAAUAAAAUUUGUAUUGCGGAUUUCCCUUAGCGCCUAGAUUUGUAGUAAUGCAGAACUGCAAUUGCCAAUUGGUACGAGUACGAUACUUUUGCACUGGAUACUGCGACCGCUACAGCAACUCCUACGACCGCCGUGGUGACGAGCGGGACCAUCCUCUGGACCGCCGGGACCACCGCGGAGGUUAUCAUGACCGGUAUCUGGAUAUGAGAGUGCACAACUCCCCCUCACCCUCAUUAUUUGUAUGGCAUGACCAGCAAGACAAACACCAGCACACAUGGAGCCUAUGCAUGACAAAUUCAACAUGUGCCUGAUGUAGUACUGUUUGGGCUUCCGGAAUUUGUCAUGCAUAAUAGUGACGCAGGGGAGUAACUGGAAUUGUGGAUUUUGCAUGAGAAAUGAGAACGAGGGGGAGUCGUGCAGUGUCAUACUGGACGACCGCGACCGCGAUGAGUUUUUCAACCCGCGAGGACACAUGAACACCAGUCGCCGCGGCCUGGGCGAUCCCCGUGAGGACCGACAUCUGGCGGACAGCGGACCGCCCCCGGGCGUUUUCCUGAACAACGGGUCCUCUCGUGGUGCCGUACGUGGUCGUGGUGACGGAGCAGGCGGAUACAACCGGGACCACCGCGGGAGCGAAGACCGGGAGUUUGGAAACGAUAACUACCCGUAUAGAAGUAACCAGCGCGAUCGCGACCUGGGCGGCGGGGGGUCCUACAACAAUUAUCCCGGCCCCUCCCCCUCCUCGCAGCGGAUGAACAAAACCUACAGUCAGGAGGAGCAGGAGCACCACAUGAAUCACCGACGAGGAGCAGGUCAAGCACCCCGCUCGCAGCACCCUGUGUUCAUGGAUCCGUAUUCACCCCCGCGCGGCCCGCAGCUCCUUCCGGGGAUGAACAAGAACGACUCUGUUGGUAAUAUUAUUCCCCCUGCUUCCCAGCAUCCGGGGCCGCCCAGUACGAGCCGUAGCCGCAUGUACGAUCAGUUCGUCUCCCCCGUCGCCACGAACAGCACAGCUUCGGGAAACAACAACUCCGUGCACCGGCCCAGCCACGGGGGCUCCACAGACUUCAACAAGGGAGGUGGAGGCGGCGAGCAGCAACUUGUCCACAAUGGCAUGCACAACGGCGGGACGAGUACAACAGGCGGUGGAUCCUCGUCUGGUACAGCUGCGGCGAUGUUGAACAAUGGAGUAGACGGGCUCGCGAACAAGCAGAAUGGGGACGCCCUGCUCACUAUGAACUGCAAAAGUAUCGCACUCGUAUAUAAUGCAUAUACAAAUUAUUUCCUCAGCAUGAGAAAUAAAAGCUGUAAUGCAAAUUUACCUUCAGGAAAUUUGUAAUGCAUGAUUGCAAUACGGGUACGAUACUUUUGCACAGGAUAAUCACCGAGGCCUGUGUGCAGCUGCUGCAGUUUCUCAGUACGAAAACGAAAAGUAAGGAGGUUGGCCCGACCUCUGCUGGAGGUGCACCGAGCGGUGUAGGAGGUGGACCGCUGGACCAGCAGACGGGCACAACUUCGCCGUACAUCAAGGGAGCAGGUGGAAUGAACAGCGGUCAAUAUCCGAACGCGGUGCAGCUCCACAAGAACAGCACGGGCCCCAACGCCACCCCGGACCGUCGGUCCCAAAUGCGUCGCAUUCUCGUCGAGGACGUCCGUCGUUACAAGGAGAUGUGCGGCGCGGGCGGCGUGAAGGAGGUCAUCGAUGCCGUGGUCGAGGCUCUUACGCAUUGCAACGUUAAAUCGUAGUCGUACGUACCUCGGUCACUCAGUAGAUAUUGCAUGCGUAGUAUACAAUAAACGUGCCCAGCAGCUGCAUGAUCGUUUUGGAUUCCAAACGGAAUUUUUUUGUCAUGACAACAUGACAAAUUCCGUUUUGUAGUUUUUUCUAAAUUUAAAUCAACAUGAUGAUGAUUUGAAUUUAGGAAGAACUACACUCCAUGCAUGAUUGCAAUUAUGAUUUUUACCACGAGAAGAAGUACGAUAGAUUUGCACAGCAUAGCUCUGGGCGCACAGCAAUUGUUGCACGCGGACCAGCAGGAGCAAAUGAUGAAUAAAGCGGUAGCAGGCAACUUCGUGAGUAGCACCACCGCGCCAGCACCAACUGCUGGAUCUUCCGGCUCUGCCAACGUGCGACCACCCCCGCCUAUGCUCAGCCAGUAA